AUGAUGAAGAUCACAGUAGCCGCCCUCGCCCUUCUGACCGUCGCAGUUGCUGCUUACGAGCACGAGGACUACCAUUCGCAUCCCAGCUACAAGUUCGAGUAUGGCGUCAAGGAUCCCCACACCGGUGACCACAAGAGCCAGUGGGAGCAUCGGGAUGGAGAUGUCGUCAAGGGAGCCUACACCCUGCACGAGGCCGACGGAACUGAGCGAGUGGUCGAGUACACGUCCGACAAGCACAACGGCUUCCAGGCUCAUGUGAAGCGCGUCGGACAUGCCCAUCACCCGGAAGUGUACGGACACCAUGAAGGUGGACACUCGUCCAGUGGACACGGUCAUGGACAUGCCAGCAGCUAUGCCAACGGAAACCUGUAUCAGCAUCACCAUUAUCGAUCACCAGCCGUCGCUCCAUCUGCAUUCAGCAAACCCACAAGCCAAAGAAAAAUUCCCAAAAUGAUGAAGAUCACAGUAGCCGCCCUCGCCCUUCUGGCCGUCGCAGUUGCUGCUUACGAGCACGAGGACUACCAUUCGCAUCCCAGCUACAAGUUCGAGUAUGGAGUGAAGGAUCCCCACACCGGUGACCACAAGAGCCAGUGGGAGCAUCGGGAUGGCGAUGUCGUCAAGGGAGCCUACACCCUGCACGAGGCCGACGGAACUGAGCGAGUGGUCGAGUACUCGUCCGACAAGCACAACGGCUUCCAGGCUCAUGUGAAGCGUGUGGGUCAUGCUCAUCACCCGGAAGUGUACGGACACCAUGAGGGUGGACAGUCGUACGGUGGAUACGGCCAUGGACAUGCCAGCAGCUACGCCAACGGAAACCUGUAUCAGCAUCAUCAUUGA